GGAGAAACUGCGGUCCGGGGCAGUUAGCUAAUUUGUUCAAGGUCACUCUGGUCACAUGGUGAGUGAGGGGCAGAGCUGGGAUUCAAGUGUGGGUAGAAUGACACUGGACUUUUAACCACCACAUCAUAUUGCCUUCCUUUAUUUUAUUUUAUUUUAUUUUUUUUUUGAGACGGAGUCUCGCUCUGUUGCGCAGGCUGGAGUGCAGUGGCACAAUCUCGGCUCACUGCAAGCUCCGCCUCCCAGGUUCACGCCAUUCUCCUGCCUCAGCUUCCCGAGUAGCUGGGACUACAGGCGCCCACCACCACGCCCGGCUAAUUUUUUGUAUUUUUAGUAGAGGCGGGGUUUCACCGUGUUAGCCAGGAUGGUCUCGAUCUCCUGACCUUGUGAUCUGCCUGUCUCGGCCUCCCAAAGUGCUGGGAUUACAGGCGUGAGCCACCCCGCCCGGCCAUAACCCUUUCUUCUUAAGUCUUAUCCUUGUUGAUAAAUAUGUCGAGGAGAUUAGGACCAAAUCUAGAAUCUUGUGGCACUCAGUCAGUAGCUUCUAGGUUUAAUUACAUGCAAAUUAUGCACGGGUGGAACUGUGCAAUAAUGUAGCCCCACCUUUUUCACCUUUAUCCACUGAACAUGGUGAAAGACAUUUUCAGUGGCAGAAAUCAAGAUAUACUAUGUUUAGGCUGGGUGUGGGGGCUCAUGCCUGUAAUCCCAGCACUUUGGGACGCUGAAGCAGGAGGAUCACCUGAAGUCAGAAGUUCGACACCAGCCUGGCCAACGUGGUGAAACCCUGACUCUACUAAAAAUACAAAAAUUAGCCGGCCAUGGUGACACGUGCCUGCGAUCCCAGCUACUCAGAAGGCUGAGGCUGGAGAAUUGCUUGAAACCAGGAGGCGGAGGUUGAAGUGAGCCGAGAUCGUGCCGCUGCACUCCAGCCGGGGCGACAGAGCAAGAAAAAAAAAAAAAAAGAUAUGCUAUGUCUGAACUUCUUUGAUCUAUCUGUCUAAUAAUGAGCUCAAGACAAAUUGGGAUCAGCUUGGACUGCCUUAUUUUAUUGAAUCCCUGCGGGUUGUUGGUGCUUGGUCAUGGUCAUUUUCUUUUCUAAAUGUUCACAAAAUAUUUGAUAAACCACUUUAGAUUUCUGCUGUGGGUUAAUACCAUGUUUACCAGUCUGUUGUUUCCAGAAUCUAUCUUAUUUUUAUUUUUAAAAAAAUCGAGAUGCCUGUCUGCAUUCGAUACAAUUUGGAUAUUUGUCCCCUCCAAAUCUUAUGCAGAAAUUUGAUCUCCCAUGUUGGAGGUGGAGCUGGGUGGGAGGUGUUUGGAUAAUGGGUUGGAUCCCUCAUGAAUGGCCAUGACGACACCAUGCUUCUUGUAUGGCCUGCAUAACCAUGAGACAAAUCAAUUUCUUUUCUUCAUAAAUUACCCAGCUUCAGGUAUUCCUUUAUAGCAACACAAUGGGACUAAGACACCGUCCUCUCUCAUUCUCCCUAGUUUCUCAAAGAUUCCCACCUGAUUUGCAGUCAUGUCAUUAAGUUGUGUCAGAUUCCUGAAAUGUAAUUUACUUAGACCAGAAUACUUGAGCUCAUAUAAAGGGAACCAUUUAGGUGUCUCUUUACUUGUCUUGAACUUCAUUUUCCUGUUAACUUUUUGUCUAUUAGCUUUCAAGUUCAAGACCUUUCUUCUUGAUAUGAAAGAGCAAAGCAGAAUUAAGAGUUGGGCAUAUUUGGGCCGGGCGCAGUGGCUCAUGCCUGUAAUCCCAGCACUUUGGGAGGCCAAGGCGGGUGGAUCAUCAGGUCAGGAGUUCGAGAGCAGCCUGACCAACAUGGUGAAACUCCGUCUCUACUGAAAAUAGAAAAAAAUUAGCUGGGCAUGGUGGUGCGUGCCUGUAAUCCCAACUACUCAGGAGGCUGAGGCAGGAGAAUUGCAUGAACCCGGAGGCAGAGGUUGCAGUGAGCCGAGAUUGCACAACUGCACUCCAGCCUGGGUGACAGAGCAAGACUCCAUCUCAAAAAAAAAAAAAAAAGAGUUGGGCAUAUUUGCCUUCUGUCACUGCCUCAAGCAGUGGGCACAUCUUUUUUCUUUUUCUUGGUCUAAAAACUGAAAAAUGACUAAAACAAAUAGAAAAAAAAUAGAACAAGGGUUUAUUUUAUACUCUGGCAUUUUCCUUAGCUGUGUGUAUGCCACUCUUUUGUAUUCACCCAUCCUUAUCUUUUCUUCCAUUAUGUAGACUUACAAAAAAAAAAAAAAAAAAAAAACACUGAACAAAAAUCUGAAUUCACCAAGAGCUCACUUUGGUGCCACAUGGUUCUGCUCCAUUACCAGAACAUUUGUAAUUGCAGAGUCAGAAUGUAACUUUAACCACCAUGUCCAUAAUUUAUUCUUGUCUCAACUUUUUGAAAUCUGAGUGUAUAUAGCAUUCCUUUCUGAGUAUCUUAUGAAUUAUAAGUAAAUUCCCACUUUCUCCCAAGAGGCAUGAUGAAAUGAUGACAUAACGGGAUUGGCCCAAUCACGGAGCUCUUAUCCCCUCAGUCUGGCUCAGCAUGUUUUUGGAAUGAUGUCCCUAAAUUAAGUAGACUAAAUAUACGUGGCACUUAUAAUGUGCAAGCUGCUGUGCUAGACGCUAAGAAAGAGUAACCCAGAAACUAACUAGCUGUGUCAUUUGAUCACAAGAAGGGGAUUUAAACUGAAGUAAAACUGUUCAUAUGUGAAGAGCUAAAUAGGAAUCUGCUCUUCAAGACAAUAAUAGACAAGGUGAUGUAUGAAACAGGUUUCUCACUCUGUGUCCUAGGGUGCUGCUGCGUUUUCGCAGGCCAUCUUUAAGGACUGGCUUCUGUCUUGUGUCCUUGAGUGACCUACUCCCUGGUUUCCCCCCAUCUCUGCAGCCACUGCCUCUAUUCCAGGGGCCACCACUCCAGCCCCAGAUGAAAGAUGGAAGAAAAGGUAGUGCAUGUAUUUCCUGCUUCUCCUGGCUUCCUCAGAUUUCAGCACCGACUCCCUCCCUCUGCACCUGUGAUUAGACAUCUUGGCAGCUGGGGAGGAGGCCCUUGCAGGGCAACCUGCUGUUGAUAUGCCCCCAAUAUGUCCAUGCAGGGCACAGACUGUGCAUGGCUCAGGUAGAGUGUUGGCCAUCCCUGCCUUGCUGGAAUGUGCCUAGUUUUUACUCUCUAUUUCUGGCUUGCUCUGUAGUCUUGUUGGGAAAAUCCCACUGUCUCCCAGAAGGAAGUAGUCCAAGUACUGGAAAAGGAGGGAGAACAGAUCAUUUCAUAAGGACCAAGGCUCAAUAUAGCAGUGGUCAGUCAUUUUAGGUGAAAAACCUUUCCCCCACAUUAAUAACUUAAGUAGUGACCCUGAUGAUCACCUGAAAGAAAGUGUGUAUAUAUGUGCAUGCGCUGGUUUCUCAUGAACAAAAGCUUUUUAAAUUUUUUUUUCUUUUUUUUUUGAGACGGAGUCUCACUCUGUCGCCUAGGCUGGAGUGCAGUGGCGCUGUCUCGGCUCACUGCAAGCUCCGCCUCCCGGGUUCUCGCCAUUCUCCUGCCUCAGCCUCCUGAGUAGCUGGGACUACAGGCACCCACCACCACGCCCAGCUAAUUUUUUGUAUUUUUUGGUAGAGACGGGGUUUCACCGUGUUAGCCAGGAUGGUCUCGAUCUCCUGACCUCAUGAGCCGCCCACCUCGGCCUCCCAAAGUGCUGGGAUUACAAGCGUGAACCACCGCGCCCGGCCAAGCUUUUUAAAAUUCAACUUCCAACAAGUGUAAUACCACAUGAUGGGAAGGCGAGAGAUGAGAUAUCACACUUUUUCCACAUUCCCUAAUGAUACUAAUAAUACUUGUUAGCUCCUCACGUGGUGUAAAAGUCUACUCAUUUGACCCCGACAGCCACCUAUGAGCUAGGUAGGACCGUGGUCUCUACUUCAUGGAAGAGGAGCAGGCUGAGACUAGCAAGUGAAUUAUUCAGGCAUAUGAAGCUGCUCCGUGGCAGAGCCCAGUUCAUUCCUUGCCCUCCUACUCUGAAACCUGUAUGCUUUCCCGAGUCCCUGCUGGCUGGCCAGGCCAGGUGGCAGUAGGGGAAGGCAAAGGGGCUGGGCUGGAGCCAGCAGAGGCUCAGGUCCUCUGGUGCAGUGUCAAGUGUGACAUCAGAGCCGGAUGGGUGUGACACAUUGUCCUCUAUCUGGCCCAGCAGCGGCCGCACCUUCCAAGCUUCUCCAUAUUAUGUGGGAAGGCAGGAAAAGCAAGUGCAGAUUUAGGGUUGUGUGCUGAGGAGGUUUUAUCGGGAUCAUGAAUAAAACAGGGCAGAAAGGAAAGAUAGGGGACUGGCAUGAAGCCUCCAGGCUGCUCGUAGCCUGAAUACUUGAGAGGUCGCAGAUGUCCUUUGCAUCCUAUAGCCUUCCUCGGAGAAGUGCUCUCCCCCGCUGGACUCCUGCGAGUCGGUCUGAUGAGGCCUAUUUGCCCACCUGCCUGUUUGAGUACCACUGGCACCAUGUCCCCGCAUUGGCCUAACCCAUCUGGCCCAUCUACCCUGCCCUGUGCCAAGGUCACUUUUUUUUUUUUUUUUUUUGAGACAGAGUCUCGCUCUCUCGCCCAGGCUGGAGUGCAGUGGCACAUCUCCGCUCACUGCAAGCUCCACCUCCUGGGUUCACGCAAUUCUCCUGCCUCAGCCUCCCGAGUAGCUGGAACUACAGGCGCCCGCCACCACACCCGGCUAAUUUUUUGUAUUUUUUUUUUUAGUAGAGACGGGGUUUCACCGUGUUAGCCAGGAUGGUCUCGAUCUCCUGACCUCGUGAUCCGCCUGCCUCAGCCUCCCAAAGUGCUGGGAUUACAGGCAUGAGCCACUGCGCCUGGCCUAAGGCCACAUUUUUAACUGUAACAUCAGAUCCCAAAUGGCUUCAACUUCCCCCCAAAGUCGGGUGUAUGGCCCAACCUCUGAAAGGUGCAGGCCAGCAGGAGGCAGGGAGGAAGGGAGUGAGGCGCUGCCCUCUCGCACUCACUUGCUCUGGAGCACCCCUUGUCCCUCUAUUCUCAGGAGGCAGCCCGUUGUCAUCUUCUCAAAGAAGCUGUUUAGAAAAGGAGGUGCCAAGGGGCAACAACAUACUAUGGUCCACAGGUGUUUGAGGAGAACCGUGUGUGUGCAGUGUUGAGGGAGAGGGGAUACGACUCAUGUCUGAAACCUAGUCUCUCUCUCUGACUCCCAAGUUUGUGGCCCUGAAAUGUGAAAUAAAGACUGAGUUGGGUGAUUAAAACUGCUUCCUUGACCUGGGGUGGUGGCUCACGCUGUAAUCCCAGCACUUUGGGAGGCUGAGGCGGGCGGAUCACUUGAGGUCAGGAGUUUAAGACCAGCCUGGCCAACAUGGCAAAACCUCGUCUCUACUAAAAAUAUAAAACUCAGCUGGGCAUGGUGGCCCAUGCCUGUAAUCCCAGCUACUCGGGAGGCUGAGGCAGGAGAAUCACUUUAACCCGGGAAGCAGAGGUUGCAGUGAACCGAGAUGCCACCACUGCCCUCCAGCCUGGGGGAUAGAGUGAGACUCUGCCUCCAAAAAAAAAAAAAAAUGCUUCCUUGAAGAAUGUCAGCCUCAUAGAUUAAAAUCCUAAUUUAUUUAAAUCUUUAAAAACAAGCUAUUUAUAAUCUGUCAAUUAUAAAUAAACAAGUUAAUUACGAAAAAAAAAAGAGCUACUUUUAGCUUGCAGCACUUCUUAGGGUAAUGUGCCCGCCUUACAGAUCCAAAGAGUCUGCUUCGGGCCUCCCUUCUCUUUGCCACCCUCCUUUGUCUGGCCUUCCCGAUUAAUUAAAUAUUAAUCUACUCAUGCCUUUUCUCCAGAUUCCUCUUCAGACAGAAGAGGUUGAGCUGUGAGAACUGAUCUCAUUCUUAACCUGAUUCCUCUUCCCCAUUCUGACCCUAGUAUGUGACUGCCAUUGCCAACAAAACCCCAGCGAUGGACUCCAUUACCUUUCUCUGGUUGUGCCUGAUCUUUCAACAUGGGCAUUAGAAAGGCACACAAUAUUGCAAACCUUUUGAUUUUAUCUAGGGUAAUAAUACUUAGUAACAGUAACAAUAGCAGCAACAACUGAUCUCAUAUAUUUAAUGCAAUCUUAGAAGGUAGUUAUCAUUUUUAUUACCCACCUUUAUCUUCUCCAUCCUCAUAACUAGGAUGGAGACACUGAGGCUCAGAGAGGACAGGUUGCUUGCUCAAGACCAUAUAGCUCCUAAGUACCAGAGUCAAUGUUUGAACCGAGUCUUACCUGAAGUAGGAGAAUUAUCUCAGCAUGACUUUGAAACUCUUUCUGUGAGCUGCCCAAUAUGUUUUGCCUGGGCACUUUGACUACAGUGAGAUUUCUGGUUAGUAUUGUGAAGCAGUUAAAUAACUUAAAUUUACAUUAAACAUUUCUGGUUUUACUUUGAUGAUGACUUAAGAAAAUGAAUAUAAACAUAUUUAGCAUCAUUGGGAUAGCCACUUUGUAACUGAACAGAUAUAAACAUAAGAAGUUUGCAUCUUAUUUUAUAUUCAUGAAUAUUCAGAAGCCAUAUAUAACAACAAUAAUUAAAGCGCAAUACCAGUAAUAGUCCACAUAUUACUUAAAUUUGACUAACAGUAUUCUUGUUGUUCUAGAAAUGAGAUGACCAGCUCUUUCAGAAUAUACAGCAACUGCCUCCACAUAAAGCAGUGCCAGGUUUAGGAGAUUUACGGUAAAGCCAUGUUUCCAAGGAGGUCUGGACAAAAAGCCAGACUUCUACUGGCAGUUACUGAGAGAGAUACGCUUUCCAUCCAUGGCAGCCAUUUACUUUUGCUCUGGGAGACGUUUGUAAUAGAAAAGGCACAACUAGGGUAUUUAUUCAUUUCCCCCCGUUCCUCUAGUGUUUGGUGGUGUUGCCGUUGCAAGUGGGCAGGGCUAAAAUGAACUGGUUAUCUUAGGAUCAUGGAAAACCUGGAAUCAAGGCUCAAGAAUGCCCCCUAUUUUCGUUGUGAGAAGGGAACCGAUUCCAUCCCUCUAUGCCGGAAGUGUGUCUUAGCCUGGAAGAUCUUCUCUACAGAGUGGUCCUGCAGGAUCAAUGACAUAUCACAGAGGAGGUUUCUAGUUGGCAUUCUGAAGCAGUUAAAUAGCUUAUAUUUGUUACACUAUUUCCAAAAUAUCCUUCAGACCACACAGGGAAAGGAUUUCAUCUAUAACAGGUCCCGGAUCGACCUCAGCAAGAAAGAGGGGAAAGUUGUGAAGUCCUUCUUGAACCAAAUGUUGGAUAAAACAGUAGAACGGAAGAUGAAAGAGAUCUUGUACUGGUUUGCGAACAGCACCCAGUGGAUCAAGGCGAAUUAUACUCUCUUACUGCUGCAGAUGUGCAACCCCAAAUUACUGCUCACUGCUGCCAAUGUGAUCAGAGUCCUGUUUCUGAGAGAGGAGAACAAUAUCUCAGGGCUCAAUCAAGACAUCACAGAUGUGUGUUUUUCCCCUGAGAAAGACCACAGCUCCAAGUCUGCGACCUCACAAGUCUAUUGGACAGCCAAAACUCAGCACACAUCCCUUCCUUUGUCCAAAGCCCCAGAAAAUGAACACUUGCUUGGGGCAGCAUCUAACCCUGAGGAACCAUGGAGGAAUUCACUCCGGUGUAUUUCCGAAAUGAAUAGGCUGUUUUCUGGAAAAGGAGACAUAACCAAGCCAGGGUACGAUCCCUGCAAUCUAUUGGUUGACCUGGAUGACAUCAGAGACCUGUCUUCUGGGUUCAGCAAAUACUGAGACUUCAUCCGUUACCUGCCCAUCCACCUCUCCAAGUACAUUCUAAGAAUGCUGGAUAGACACACCCUGAACAAGUGCGCCUCUGUGAGCCAGCACUGGGCCGCCAUGGCUCAACAGGUCAAGAUGGACUUGUCAGCGCACGGCUUCAUUCAGAACCAGAUUACCUUCUUGCAGGGGUCCUACACAAGAGGAAUUGAUCCUAAUUAUGCCAAUAAGGUUUCUAUCCCAGUUCCUAAAAUGGUAGAUGACGGGAAGAGCAUGCGUGUGAAACAUCCGAAGUGGAAGCUGAGAACGAAGAAGGAGUACAACCUGUGGACUGCAUACCAGAACGAGGAAACGCAGCAGGUCCUGAUGGAGGAGAGAAAUGUUUUCUGUGGGACCUACAAUGUUCGCAUUCUCUCUGACACGUGGGAUCAAAACCGAGUCAUCCACUAUUCCGGGGGAGAUCUGAUAGCUGUGUCAUCUAAUCGAAAGAUCCAUCUUCUGGACAUCAUACAAGUGAAAGCGAUACCCGUUGAAUUCCGGCAUGCUGGGAGUGUCCGGGCCCUCUUCCUGUGUGAGGAGGAAAACUUUCUCCUAAGCGGGAGCUAUGACCUAAGUAUCAGAUACUGGGAUCUGAAAAGUGGGGUUUGCACACGAAUCUUCGGUGGUCACCAGGGGACUAUCACUUGCAUGGACUUGUGUAAGAACAGGCUCGUAUCUGGAGGAAGAGAUUGCCAGGUAAAAGUAUGGGAUGUAGACACAGGGAAGUGCCUGAAGACGUUUAGACACAAAGACCCCAUCUUGGCCACCAGGAUCAAUGAUACCUACAUUGUGAGCAGCUGUGAGCGAGGGCUGGUGAAAGUGUGGCACAUUGCCAUGGCCCAGUUGGUAAAGACUCUCAAUGGCCACGAGGGAGCCGUGAAAUGCCUGUUCUUUGACCAGUGGCAUCUCCUCUCAGGAAGCACUGAUGGCCUGGUCAUGGCCUGGAGCAUGGUGGGGAAGUACGAGCGCUGCCUGAUGGCCUUCAAGCAUCCCAAGGAGGUGCUCGACGUGUCCCUUCUCUUCCUCCGGGUCAUCAGCGCCUGUGCAGAUGGCAAGAUCCGAAUUUACAAUUUCCUCAACGGGAACUGUAUGAAGGUGAUAAAAGCCAAUGGCAGAGGCGAUCCUGUGCUGUCCUUCUUUAUUCAGGGCAACAGAAUUUCAGUCUGCCACAUCAGCACAUUUGCUAAAAGAAUUAACGUGGGAUGGAAUGGAAUCGAACCAAGUGCUACAGCUCAGGGAGGAAAUGCCUCCUUGACCGAGUGUACUCAUAUGAGACUCCACAUCGCGGGACACUUACCAGCAUCGAGGCUGCCCGUGGCCGCUGUCCAGCCCAUGACAGGCGGGAUGGCCCCAACCACAGCUCCGACCCAUGUGUUGGCAAUGCUGAUCCUUUUCAGUGGUGUGUAGCAGCAGGUAUACAGGAAAAUGUUGAAGAGCCCCAGGGCUCCUGUGAGUGGAUUCACCCCCAAGGUCAGAAUGGCAACUCCUGGAACAGCACAACAAGUGGCAAAGGACACAGCUAGCAACGGGCUGGAAAAAGGCAGAGAACGUGGAGUGAUCAUCUCCAACUCAACUCAAUCACACUACCUAAAAUCGGCACUGACAAAGUACAAAUAAUCCACCUAUCCAGUAGAGGCAGUACUGAUCUGGCUGAUUCCUGGAUAUGGGGAAUCCUCUUUAUGAAACAAACUUACGAUAAGAAAGAAUAUGUUUGUGGGAGCUCUGGCUGCUCUUCUUGAUUUUGCUAGCUAAGAGUAAAGUGGUUAAGAGAGUCAGGAUUAGAGUGUUCUGGAUUCAUAUAGGUUCUGUCCCUUCCUGGCUAUAGGGCAGCUAGGUUUCACUUACUCCUCUCUACAAGAGAAAUGAUCAUCUUUUCCUCCUAGGGUUGAAGACUGACUGAGACAAUGCCUCCUGCACAGUGUUCCAUUUUAUAUUUAGUCAUGAACAAACAACUUCAGACACAAUAUUGGAAGAUUUGGGCAGAAAAUACUACCUGAAUUCUGGAAGCUGUUCUUCCCCUGUAUUUAUACUUUAUUAAGACAUCACUUAAUUAGUGAUCAUGAGUAGCAAUGAUGUGCCUCUGACUGCCAUCAUUACAAUGUCUGUAAUGAAUUACAGGCUCAGCAUGCUACCGGUUCCCGACAACAGUAAACACCAGGUGGCCGUUGUGUAGUACCAGUGCCGUAACGUGACUUAUGGACACGGGAUUUUCAAGGGGAGGUCGCACAGUGUUAUUUAUGCAAAUGAAACCCAUCAUCUAAAACUCUACAAUGAUAAUGAUUAUUAUAACCAUGUUUCUCAAAAGAGCCAACUUCUAAAAGUAGACUUUGUAUGGAAUCUUGUGAAAGGCUUUUUGAGAGUCUAGAUAAAUUGGAUCUACUAGUUCCUGCUUAUAUGCAUGUUUAUUUAUUCUUUCUUGAGAAACCUAAGGAGGUUACUCAAGCCUGCCUUCUCCUAGCAGAAGCCAUAAUUCCACUUCUGAGUAAGGUAUGUUUGUGUAGUGUUCAGUGACCCUGCUGGAUUACAGAUUCCACAACACGUUUCUUAGCAAGCAAGAGUCACCAGUGUGCAGCUUCUAGGGUGCUCUGGUUUUAAAAACAGCCAACUCCCUAGAGAGGCAGACUUAACCCUAUGUGCACACAUGUGAGAUGAUACCCUUCUAUGCACAGGGUUGCAGUGUUCCUAUGGCAGGAGAGAGGGCCUGUAUCUAUGAGAGGGCCCUUCUAGGAAAAAGACUAACUUGUAGAAUUAUGACAAGUUAGAAUUUAGCCGGGAGGGUGCCAGAGGAGAGCCCAGCAGCUGGAACUACAGUACUGAAUGAAGUCAGGGCAACAGAAUAUGAAAGCUAGAAGUGACUUGAUGGAGAAUUCUGGCCACCACUCUACCACUCUGCUAUAGGGGCCAGCACUGACUCUUUCCUACCUGGCCUGCAGCCUCUGUGCCCAAAGAGUGACCCAACAGAAUGGAAUUUUGAUGGAAAAUGAGAAAAUAUAAGGGAUAUGUUGCUGUCAAGGUGCCUGUGACAGAAGAACCAUAAAUUACAGUUGAGAGACUUCUGAGUGCACAUUCUGCCUUGAGGUGGCAUUUCCACCCACCUGUUCCUGGGCCAUCUCUUCUGAACCCUGUGGUCAGUUACUUCCACAAUACUCACUCAGACACCCUCAAUAAUCCAUUCUGCCUUGUCCAUCCAACAUUCCCACCCUGGAUCUGCUCAAUAACCUACUGUCUCUGCUCCUGCUGGGAAAGGCUUACACUCAUACUAACUGGCCCCAUUUCAAGGGGAUGGUUUAACAGUGCGGGUGCUUAGCCAGGGCUGAUUUCCAUUUUCGUUCCUUAUAGUGACUAUUUUAACUCUUCUCCUGCCUUCUCAAGGCUCCAGGUUCACUCUAGCUCCCAAGACGCCUUAACAGAUGCCCUUCCCUCUUAUACAACAGUGACAAAUGCCCUCAGAUUUACUUCCUUCCUCCCAUUUCAGAAGAGGCUGUCUUCAUUCCUUUUAAAGAUAAACCCUCCACUUUUGUUUUUAUUUAAUCUCCUCCCUAAUCUCUAUUCUAUCCCUUCUAUCUCUACUGUCUAUUAACCUCCUGCAUCAAAUAAAUUACUUUCUUCAUAUUUCCCCCAAGGUAAUAUCCCUCUUGCUUCAACACUCUUCAAAGCCAAGCAUCCUGAUGGAGUGGAUCACACACAUUCCUUGCCUUUCUCUCUUCCAUCCCUCUGUUUCCUAUUUGUUCCUCAACUGUAUCCCUCACCAACUGCUGAAACACAUUUCUCUAAGGUGGAGGUAUACAAGGGGACUUCAAAAAGUUCAUGGAAAAUGCAUAUUAUGAAAAGACUAUGCAUGGAUUUCAAAAAUUUUUUGUACCAAAAUAAACUCAUACUAACUUGUUAUAACAUGUCUGAACAGGAUCUAGAUUGAGGCAUUAAGGAGGAUAAGACAUCAGUUUGAAAAGAGCCCUUAUCAAAGCAACAUGAAUUCUGCUAAAACAGAAGCAAGAACAAAUAUCAAAUUUAUGCUAACACUUGGAUGGAAGAAUAGUGAAAUCAUUGAUGCUUUACAAGAAGUUUAUGGGGACAAUGCCCCCCCCCAAAUCAGCAGUUUACAAAUGGAUAACUUGUUUAAGAACAGAUGAUGUUGAAGAUUAAAGUCCACAGCUGCAAACCAUCCACAUCAAUUUGUGAGGAAAAAAUGAAUCUUUUUCAUGCCCUAAUUUAAGUGGACCAAUGGUUAACAGUAGAAACAACAACCAAUACCAUAGACGUCUCAACUGGUUUAGCUCACACAAUUCUGAUUGAAAAAUUAAAGUUGAGCUAACUUUCCACUCAGUGGGUGCCAAAACCAUUGUACUCAGAUUGGCUGCAGACAAGAGCAGGGCUUUCAAUGGAAAUUUUAAACAAAUGGGAUCGAGAUCCUGAAGCAUUUCUUCAAAAAAAAAAAAAAAAAGAAGAAAA